UAGUAAUUGUUGUUCAUUAGUAAUCAUUAAUGUUGUUCCGAAGCGUAUUUUAUUCAUUGAUUACGCAUAAAAACAAAGCGAUCUUCAACUAUUGAGUAAAAAAGUCACGAGUUUUAUCAUGGCAGAUAUAACCAGUCAAGAGUUUAUAAACAUUAACGAUGAUUGCAUUAAAGUUAUGGAAAAAGGAAUAUCUGUUACAACAUGUGCUUUGUUCAUAGUAGCAACUAUGGCUGGCAGUGGGAUUUUAGCUAUCCCUAAAGCUUUAAGUGAAUCUGGAUGGACAGGAAUCGUUUUGUUAAUACUUGGUUGCUGCAUGUCACUUUAUUGUGGAAUUAUACUUGGUCAAUGCUGGAUGUUAACAAAUAGAACAUUAGAAAGCUCUAGGCAACACAUACGAGAUCCUUACCCUACGAUUGGAAAGAUUGCAGCUGGUAAAUUGGGAAAACGAAUAGUUGAAAUUUGUGUUCUUGUUACUUUGGUAGGAGUUUGUACUGUUUUUCUCUUACUAUCAGCGAAUCAAAUAUCAUCAAUUGUAAGCAAAAAUAUUGGUUCUCUAAAGCCGCAAAAUGAAUUUAGAGUGUUUGUUUUGAUAUGUGGACUUGUUCUUUUACCAUUUACAUGGCUCAACUCCCCCAAAGAGAUUUGGCAAUUUGCUUUAGCUGCAAGUCUUUGCACAAUAAUAGCAUGCAUAUUUAUAAUUAUCAGAACAAGUAUGUAUUUGUAUGAAAAUGGUGUUGCUUCUAAUGAUAAAAGGACAACAGAAACAUUUGAAUCUUUUUUUUCUGCUUUUGGAACAAUUGCAUUUGCAUUUGGAGGUGCAACAGUUUUUCCAACAUUCCAAAAUGAUAUGAAACUUCCAGAUAAAUUUCCUUGUGCAGCAAUCUACGCAUUUAUUGCUGUACUUUUUAUGUAUAUACCUGUUGCAGUCUUACCUUAUCUUGCUUUUGGUAGUACUGUAGAUGGCAAUAUUUUAAAAACACUCAAAAAACUAGAAGGAAAUGGAAAAUUUAUGAUUACAAUGUCUGAAGUUGUGAUUACUCUUCAUUUGCUGUUUACUUUUGUUAUUACAAUAAACCCAAUAAGUCAACAGCUAGAAAAAUAUUUUAAAACAGAGCACAAUUUUGGUAGAACAAGAGUCAUACUAAGAUCAUCAAUAGUUUUCUUUAUAAUUGGUAUAUCUGAAGCUGUUCCUCAUUUCGAAGUCAUUCUAUCUAUUGUUGGCGGUACAACAGUAACAAUGACAUCUUUUAUAUUGCCAUGCUAUUUUUAUUGGAUUCUGAAAAAAAGCAUUCCUUUUUACGUAAAAAUUUUACUCUUAGAGAUUGUACUGAUUGCUGUGAUUAGUGGUGGAUCAUCCACCUAUACCGCUUGUACUCAGCUGACAAAUCCAUUUGUUUCCUAAGAAACAAAAAGCAAAUGUUUUUAUAAGGAAAUUUUUUCUUUUAUUUUUGACAAUUUUUAUUUUUAGGUUCUGUUUUUUGAUUGUUUAUUUUUGCUUUUUUUGUUACCUUUUUAAUUUUAAUUUUCCUUUAUUUUUGAUUAAACAAUUUAUAAUUUAAAAUAUUUUUAAUAAAUCAUAUAAAUUUUAUUAAAAGCUGUAAACAUGAAAAUUUUAUUAAAUAAUUUCUCCAACCUAAUCUAAUAUUUCUGUAAUUAAAAAAAAAAUAUAUAUAUUUUUAAAAA